AUGUCAAGUAAAAAGUUAUCGCCUAGUGAGGAACUUGAGAAGCAAUAUAGGGAUUAUAAAGCACAAUUUGAGGAGUGGAAACUAAAAAAUCGAGAUUCUGAAGGAACUGAGGCUUAUGUAAAUUAUGUCAAACAGUUCCAUCAGUGGGAAAAAGACGUUGAAAAAAGACGAGCAACGUUACGGCAGAAGGCAGAAAUUGACAGAAUAUCAGCAGAAAAAGAAGCUGAAAUAUCUAGAAAAGAAACUGAGGAAAAGAGGAGAAAAGAAGGUUUUUUUGAAUUUUUAAAAAUUUUUAGAAAUUUUUGGAGUGCUUUUCCCAAUUCUUUUAAAGCAUUUGGGAAUUUUGAACUUUAUGGACUACAUUUCGAUUUCUUUCCUUAUUUUCUCUGUUCCAUCUCUGCCAUUAAAUUAACACCCCGACCAGGUUAA